GGGCAAAACGGAAACGGUAACCGUCUCUGUUUCAUUCUGCAACAACACCUUUCUUUUUUGUUUUCCUCUAUUUUUUUUAAAAAAGAGAGAGAAAAAAAAACAAAUAUUAAGUUUCAGAGACUCUGCUUCUCUCGUGUUUAUAUAUCCAAACAAAUGAAUGUGUUAAACCCUCACUCUUCCUUCUCUCCACACAAAUCCUAAAUCCAUUUUUCUUCACCUCUCUCUUCUUCUUCUUCUUCUUUCCCAUCUUCUUCCUUUUUCACUCACAUAGAUCCCGACGAGUUUUCCACCGUCGACGACCGGUUAUGGAGAUGGAAUGAGGAUCCGCCGUCUCGGCGAUUGCGAUUUUGUUUCCCGACUUCGAUAUGAAUUUGUUCUGCGGAGAGGAACAUUCCGGCGUGUUUUCCGGUGAAUCAACGGCUGAUUUCUCGUCGGAGGAGGUCGAUUCAUGGCCCGAUGAUUCAAUCGCCAGCUGUAUCGAGGACGAGAGGCACUUUGUUCCCGGACUUGACUAUCUCUCUAGAUUCCAAUCUCAAUCUCUCGACGCUUCCGCUAGAGAAGAGUCCGUCUCAUGGAUACUCAAGGUACAAGCGUAUUACAACUUUCAGCCUUUAACGGCGUACCUCGCCGUUAACUAUAUGGAUCGGUUUCUCUACGCUCGCCGGUUACCGGAAACGAGUGGUUGGCCAAUGCAGCUUUUAGCAGUGGCAUGCUUGUCUUUAGCUGCCAAGAUGGAGGAAAUUCUCGUUCCUUCUCUUUUUGAUUUCCAGGUUGAAGGAGUGAAGUAUAUAUUCGAAUCAAAGACGAUAAAGAGAAUGGAACUUCUUGUUCUGAGUGUGUUGGAUUGGAGACUAAGAUCCGUUACACCAUUUAGCUUCCUCAGCUUCUUUGCUUACAAGAUCGAUCCUUUAGGAACCUUUCUCGGGUUCUUUCUCUCGCAUGCCACAGAGAUUAUACUCUCCAACAUAAAAGAAGCGAGCUUUCUUGAGUACUGGCCAUCGAGCAUAGCUGCAGCUGCGAUUCUAUGUGUAGCCAACGAGCUCCCUUCUCUAUCAUCUGCUGCAAAUCCCCACGAGAGCCCUGAGACUUGGUGUGACGGGUUGAGCAAGGAGAAGAUCGUGAGAUGUUAUAGGCUGAUGAAAGCAAUGGCGAUAGAGAAUAACCGGAGAAACGCACCGAAAGUGAUAGCUAAGCUUAGAGUGAGCGUAAGAGCAGCAUCUACAUUGAUGAGGACAAGUGAUGAAUCUUCUUUCUCAUCAUCAUCAUCAUCUUUGUCAUCUCCUUGUAAAAGGAGAAAACUAAGUGACUACUCAUGGGUAGGUGAUGACAAAUCAAGCUCUGAAUAAAACAUGGGGGGAAGUAGAAGAGUAUAACAAGAAGUACAUAGGUGAUAAUAAGUGAGUGAUCAAGAGAAGAGAAGAUACUAAGAAGAAGAAAAAGUAUAAUUAGUGGGGAGUUAAUUAAAUUAGAGUGUUUCCAUCCAAAGGGGAAGGAAUAAGAAUUAAUGAAAUAGUGUUUUUUUUUACAACUUUUAUGGGAAAAGGGUUAAAAAAAAAAAAGGGUUUUGGUUGGGUGGGAGAGACAAUGCUCAUCAUUAAUGGCUUUGCAGAUUCCCAAGGAGAAAAGAAGAAAAAGAAAGUUGAGUGUAAACACACGUGUGAGAAGAAAAGAUCCAUGAGUGUGUGUGCGUGUGAGAGAGUGAAGGGCAUCAUCAUACAUUACAGUCACAGGUAGUGAGUGAGUGAUAAGACGGGGAGCGUGUGGAAAGAUUUCGAGUAAAAAAUUGAAAAUUUUCAGACAGACAGAGAGAGAGGCCUUUGUCUUAAUGGAUCGCAGCAGUUUGUGGGCCCUAAGCUCCUUUUGGGUGGUCACCAAAAUCCCUCCCCCGCCCCCCCCCCUCAAGUUGCGAAGUAUAUAUAUUUGUUUUUUUGGGAGUGAUGUUUUGAUAUUUUGAUUUCUUUGUGUGCGACUGCACGUGCCGGAGGCGUGUGUCGCACGUGUUUGUUUGUGUUCUCUUCAAAUCUUUUAUUUUUGGCGGGAAUUUUUUGUGUUUUGAUUUGUAUAACACGUUCCCACGACUCCGAAUGAGUUUUGCUACGGAACGUUCAUCUCAUAUACAUACGUGUAAGGUGUCACGUGUGUAUAUAUAUAAUUUUUUUUUUUUCUAUUCUGAAAUGUUAAAAUUUGUUGUCUAUAUUAAAAACACUUAUUUCAAAUCUAUGAAG